GUUUGUAGAAGAGACCACGGUGUAUAAGACUGCAGGCAGAGCAAAGAGUAUUGUACGUAUUUGUAGAUUUUGUCGGUGACAGACGCAUUGGUGAUCGAAACGAACUUCCUCAACAAAACAGCAUUUAGGAAGCGAUGGAACGAACGUUGGAAUUAAUCACAAUAAAGGAUAUUCGUCCAGGCCUGAAAAAUCUUAAUGUAAUAUUUAUUGUUUUGGAAGUCGGUCACCCUACGGUUACGAAGGAAAAUAGAGAAGUUCGGACCUGUAAAGUUGCAGAUGCCACUGCAAGUAUUAACGUGUCAAUUUGGGAUGAGCCAGGCAAGUUGAUUGCGCCUGGUGAUAUAAUUUGCUUAACUAAAGGGUAUGCCUCAGUUUGGCGAAACUGCCUUACUUUAUAUUCGGGCAAGAAUGGUGACAUACAAAAAAUUGGGAAUAAUAAUGGAAAUAAUAACGGUAAUUUACGCCACUCAGGAAGUGCUCAAGCACAGUCAGUCACUCCAGUCCAACAAAACUCAGUAUCAUCUAAAGUACCAUCAGGGAAUACAAGAUUUUCUUCUGAGACAAGUGGAAACGGUAAACCUAAAACAAGUCAGAGAGGCAAGGGAGCUUCCAGGAGUGGACCUAGGGGGGAGCGUCGGUGAAUGUUGGUGAAAUGGGCUUGCUCUAUUUCUUUUAUUGGCAGUGAACUUAAUGUGUUUUCUAUUCAGGAAGCUGAGAAAAUUUGGGCAUGAAUUAUUUAUUUCUUCUUUCUCCAACAUUGUGUACAAUCUUCUCCUUAUGCAAGUGCCUGUAUUUGGUGUAUAUUUACCAAUUAUUGAAUUUUUAAAUGUUCUAUUCCUUUCAGCCUUAUUUUCUGAAGUUAUCUUAUGACUGCAUUUAAUUAUGUGAUUAGGUAUUGGAGAAAUUGUAUGUAAUUUGUAAUUGUAUAUUAUUGAUCAGUCGUUCAAAAAAAAUAUGUAAUACAGGCAUGAGAAUAGGAUUUAGUUGUGCAAUUGUGUGGAUAUAUACGUAAAUGUGUAAAGUUCCAACUUGUGUGUUUUUUGAGUUUAUUAAAUUUGAAAAUACAUAACUAUUUCAAAUUUUAGAACAAUUUUUUACUUUUAUAAAUAUUUAUAUAGUUUUGUAAUUACCUGAUUUACUACUUUUUGUAAGUGCAACAACAUAAGAUGUCGAUACAUUCAGUUCCUUGAGAGCUGUGGAGCAUCUAGUUCCAACUAUUGCAUCAGGGAAGAUAAAUGUUUUUGAUUAACUGUUUUUUUGACGGACUCAACUGCCAUUCAAAGCUUUAGAAAAAUUAAUGUACAGUACAUUUACAGUGCAAUUUCCAUCAAAUUACAUUGAAGGUAAUUGGUCGAUAUGACUGACUAACUUGUAAAUAGAAAAUAUUUUUAGUGUUUUGAUGAAUGCUAUAAAAUAUGUGAUCUGUAUGAAUUGAUGUGCAUUUUUACAGCAUUAUUUUACAAAUUUUAUAUGCAAUAAUUUUUGUGUAAUGUGACUUUUUGUCCAUCUUGUGGGCAAUUUCAUUACAAAAAAUAAAUUUUUUUGGUCUUAGUUCCUUUUUAAUGCAAUUACCCUACUGGAGAUUUGUAUAGGACAUAAUACUAUUAUGUUCGAAUGUCUUGACAAGGUCAUUUGGCAUUUUAUCAUAACCUUAUUUGAUUAUCCCAAUGUCACGAUUUUUAUUUUCCUUCUCUCAUGGCUGUAUAAACAAUGCACAAAGGCCAUAUUCUAGAAGUUCAAGGAAAUACAAUUUUGUUUAUUCUUGACUACAUCCUAUUAAGAUGUACAGAUGUGUAUUUUAUUUCAUUGUACAUAAAAAAUUGCUAUGUAAAUA